AUGUACGCCAGCGGUCGUUCAGGAACACGGUGUGUGCGUCUAGCCCAAACUUUCAUUAGAGGUAAAGCAAAGGUUGCAAUGGCAGGUGAAGUUGAUUUGUCAAAUAAAAGAAUCAUGCGUAAGAUUGCACCAGGUAAGGCUAGACCUGCUAUUUUCCAUCAAUUUGAAACUUUAGUCGAACUCAGUGAUGGGUCUGUCGUUAAAAGAAGAUCGCAGGCUCCAAAAGAUGAAAUCAGAAUGAUUACAGACCAAAGAAACCAUCCCUUGUGGAACCCAUUCAGAUCGGACUUGAAUGUUGUGGAUCCUAAUGCAACAGGUAGAAGGUCACGGUUUCAAGCAAAAUAUGCUGAAUUUUCGAACGAUGCUUCUGCGCCAAUUGAAGAAGGGGAACCAGUCUCCAAUAAACCCAAGGCAAGUGAGGACUUUUUGGAAUUAUUGGGCCAAAACGCAAAGGAAGUUCAAAAAGGUGGUCAAAUUUUCAACAGAAAGGCUGCCUCCAAGAAAUAA